AUGAUUCCGUCACAUGGUGAAUUUACUGUCGGAUGGGUCACUACGAUCAGAAAGGAAUACACGGCAGCUCGACAGGUCUUAGAUGAGGAGUUUGAGACGACAAACUUCGUGCUUCCCAGAGGCGAUCGCAACACCUACACCUACGGGCGCAUCGGGAGCCAUUAUGUGCUGAUAACAUGUCUCGAAAGUGCGCAGUAUGGCAUCAGUUCCGCCUCUGAUGCAGCCGAUGAUAUGAGGAGCAGUUUUCCCAUGAUCCGAUUGCUACUGAUCGUGGGAAUAGCAGGAGGAAUACCGACUUCAAGCAAUGACAUACGCCUCGGCGAUAUCGUUGUUGGGACUGAAAUCGUUCGGUAUGUGCGGACCGCGACCGAUGAACUCGAACAUUUCACUCAUGUCGAGCCACCGGGCCGGGCUCUCUUCACAGGCACACAAGGUCUUGCGGUCAAAUUAGAUGAAGGGUUAGACCUACAUAAAGUGCUGGAGAAGACAUUUACCAAGACCCAGAAAAUCAAAGACGACUAUCAACAACCUCGGAAUGGUAUCGACCUUCUUUGGAAGGCCGAUUUCGAUCAUGGUCUAUCCUGCGAAUGCCUUUCUUCCGCCGAUGAAACGAAGCUCGUCUACCGACCCAAUCGUCCUGACUACGAUCGCAUAAAAGUACAUUCAGGAAGAAUCGGCUCAACAGACAAAGGCACGAGAGAUGCUGGGGCGAGAGACGAUAUCGGGAACAAACUUGGCAUAUUAUGCUCGAAAGAAGAGCCAGCCAGCCCGACUAAUACACUGCCUUGUUUGCAUAUUCGAGGAAUCUGCGAUUAUGCCGAUUCGCACAACAACAACGUAUGGAAGGGAUAUGCUGCUGCGUCUGCUUCAAUCUAUGCCAAGCAGCUUUUACAAACGAUCGCCCCCGAAGAGGUCUGGCGGAUGAAUAUCUCAAUUGAUAUCAAAACCCUGCAGCGAUUUGUGGAUUACCUGGUCUAUGAAGUGAGCCAGGCCACAAAUAUUUCUGCCAGACUUGUGGAGCAGAAAACAAGAUUGGUGACUAUCAGUCGUGCACUGCGUGGAGUCAAGACUGGGGUAGAGCUUUUGGUUCAGCUUUCGCAAGAAGCAGUCAACGAUAGCAAGCAACUCAAGGAUGAUUCUCAUAUCAUGAGAGAGCGCUGGAAGGCGCUGGCUGCCAGUCAAGGAGACCUUAGAAGGGCUCUUAGCACGCUUGGCAUGCAUGUCAAGAAUCUGCAAAACUCGGUUUCUGCGAAGGGGUCGAAAAUGGGGUGCGAUAGUUUAUAUCUGCGUGUUCAGACAAGCGCGGCAGCCCUUCAUGAUCUGAGCAACAUGAUAAAGCCAUUUGUCAACAACGUCACAUAUCUUAACGACCAGGGAGACCUGACGCCUGGCGAUGUGGCAAGUAUCGCAGCCUCCGAAAGCACUCGAAAGUCUAGCCAACUCACUCAAUUGGGGGGAAAAUUCAGCGAACUCAGUGGCAAGGUCUUUACGAAACCCGAGCGACAUGUCUCAAAGCAAUCAAUCAGCGAAUCUACCACAUCGAAAGAAACGGAUGACGCCAUCUUGUCUCAGAACUCAGGGCACAGGAAGGGGCAUAGGUGGUCGAACGUAUUUCGGAAAGAAGACCAUAACAAACAAGAUGGACCUUGUUUCGAAGGCGAAAAACCAAAAGGUGUUGGCAUGGGCUGGCGAUAUUCAUUUCAGACAAUGAAAGACAACAUGUCACGGUCCGACGUUUCGAUUUUGCAAGAAAAACGAUCCGUUGAAACCAUUGUCAAGGAGCAUGUUCGACCGGAUAGUCCUCAAGAGCUGCCGGUAAGACCAUCAUAA